CCCGCUGACGAAGCUGAAGCUAUGGCGUGGAUUCCCUCAGCCUUGGGAGAACCCAGCCCCGGGUGGGCGCAUCCAGAGCCUCUCAUGCCACCAGGCUUGAGCCCGGAGCAGGCUUGGGCCUGGGCGCUGGAUAAUUUCGAGGCACUGUGCCGCCAUUCCUGCCAGGGCCGCGGAGAGGAACAUUCCCACGAACGCCAGCCUCUGCCGUGGGUUUCCACCCAAGGCCGACCCACGCCCACGGUAGCCAGGGGACAGAAACGCCGGCGAGAGUCGCACGUGCACGACCCGACGGCCCACUCCACAGAGGAGCUCCAGGCAGCUCAAGGCGCCGCAGAGGCUGAGGUCAGCAGAGCACCACUGGCCCCAAACCAGCCAGGAGAUGCAGGCAUCAUCGAUAGAGCUGCACAGAUCCAGGCCCCAAGCAUCUGCUGCAGUCCAGGACAGCCCAGGAAGCUGCUCAAGACCCAGGCAUACAGCAGCCAGCAGCCCAAGAGGAAAGGAAGCCCAGCCUUUGGGAAGCCUCUGGCAUGA